AUGUCCAGCCCCUGGAUCUUCGUCUCCCCCUCCUCCAGGGGCAUAGGCCGCCACCUGACCCGGCACCUCCUCCUCACGAUGCGCGCCCCGAUCCUCGCGACCUGCCGCGCCGCCGACACCACGGCCGCCAAGCACCACAUCCUCGACGCCCUCCCCGGCGCCGAGGACCUCGCCCCGCGCCUCAAGGUCGUCCGCCUCGACGUGACCGACGAGCCCACCAUCGCCGCCGCCGCGGAGGAAGCGAAAGCCCUGUUCCCGCCGGCGACGCACCACCUGCGCCUCGCGCUCGCGACGCCGGGCAUCUUGCACCCGGAGAAGGCGCCCGCGCAGAUCGAGUACGACGCGGCGCUGGAGACGUUCAAAGUGAACACGCUGGGCCAGAUGAUGCUCAUGAAGCACUUUUCGGGGUUCCUCCCGCGCAAGGCCGUAUCCUUCAAAAGUGACGAGGAGGAGGGGCUGCCGCCGGGGAGGGCCGUGUGGGCGGCCAUGUCGGCGCGGGUGGGCAGCACGUCGGACAACCGCAAGGGCGGGUGGUACAGCUACCGCGCGUCCAAGGCGGGUGUGACGAGCCUGGCCAAGAGUCUGGAUCUGUGGUUGGGAGCAAGGAGCGGCGAGAAAGCGAUGGCCGUGGCGUAUCACCCCGGCACCGUGAAGACGGGGUUGAGCAAGGCGUUUUGGGACGGGGUGCCCGAGGGCAAGCUGUUUGAGCCCGACGUGCUCACGAAGGAGGUCGGGCUGGAGGGACGAGGCAGGUGUUGGGACUGGCAGGGAAAGGAGAUUCUGCCUUGA